CGCUGUCGUUGCCCCGCUCGCCCGCCUACUGCACACAUGGCCCUGAGAGGCGUCUCGGCGCGGCUGCGGAGCCGCGGGCCCGUCCUUCGCUCGUGGUCUUCCACGGCGGCGCAGACCGAGAAAAGCGAGAAGACACAGAGCCCACCGGCCAAGUCCUCGCGCCCCAAGUUUGACUGGCAGGACCCGCUGAUCCUGGAGGAGCAGCUGACAGCGGAUGAGAUCUUAAUCAGGGACACCUUCCGCACCUACUGCCUGGAGCGACUCAUGCCGCGCAUCCUGCUGGCCAAUCGCAACGAAGUUUUUCAUCGGGAGAUCAUCUUAGAAAUGGGGGAGCUGGGCGUGCUGGGCCCCACCAUCAAAGGAUAUGGCUGUGCUGGGGUCUCCUCCGUGGCCUACGGGCUCCUGGCACGAGAGCUGGAGCGAGUGGACAGUGGCUACAGGUCGGCGAUGAGUGUCCAGUCCUCCCUCGUCAUGCACCCUAUCUAUGCCUACGGCAGUGAGGAGCAGCGGCAGAAGUACCUGCCCCGGCUGGCCAAGGGAGAACUCCUGGGCUGCUUCGGCCUCACAGAGCCCAACUGUGGGAGUGACCCCAGCAGCAUGGAGACCAGGGCCUGUCACAACCCAUCGAGCAAGAGCUACACUCUCAAUGGGACCAAGACCUGGAUCACCAACUCGCCUGUGGCUGACCUGUUUGUAGUGUGGGCUCGGUGUAAAGAUGGCUGCAUCCGGGGCUUCCUGCUGGAGAAGGGGAUGCGAGGUCUCUCAGCCCCCAAGAUCGAGGGCAAGUUCUCUCUACGGGCCUCGGCCACGGGCAUGAUUGUGAUGGAUGACGUGGAGGUACCAGAAGAGAAUGUGCUGCCCAAUGCGUCCAGCCUGGCGGGUCCCUUUGGCUGCCUGAACAACGCCCGAUAUGGUAUCACGUGGGGUGCACUUGGAGCUGCCGAGUUCUGUUUCCACACAGCCCGGCAGUAUGCCCUGGACAGGAUCCAGUUUGGUGUCCCGCUGGCCAGGAACCAGCUGAUUCAGAAGAAGCUGGCGGACAUGCUCACUGAGAUCACACUAGGCCUUCACGCCUGCCUGCAGCUUGGCCGCUUGAAAGAUCAGGACAAGGCCACCCCGGAAAUGGUCUCCCUGCUGAAGAGGAAUAACUGUGGGAAAGCCCUGGACAUCGCCCGCCAGGCCCGAGACAUGCUGGGGGGAAAUGGGAUUUGUGAUGAGUAUCAUGUGAUCCGGCAUGCCAUGAACCUGGAGGCCGUUAACACCUACGAAGGUACACAUGACAUUCAUGCCCUGAUUGUCGGAAGAGCUAUCACAGGAAUUCAGGCGUUCACAAGUGGCAAAUGAACCCACUCCACCAGGGGCCCGAUGCUCUGAAGUCCCCUCCCAGAAAGGCACGUGGCUGGACCCUGGGAAUGCUGUGCUCUGAGCUAGAAAGGGAGGUGGAGGAUGGAGACAACUUUUAUGGCACUAAGUAAGAGACACCGAUUUUUAAAUAUCAAAAUUUCCCUUCUGAAGUCAUUCAGAUGUGCUCCUUAAAAAUAAGAUGGAAUUCUCUGUAGAGUUUCUCAACCCACUUUUAACUGUGGAUGAGAAUAGACUUCAUUUACCUUGGAACAGAAGUUUCUCUUGAGGGAAGAGACAGUGAAGCAACUUCCUUAAGACCACCCUGGUGUCUGACCAAGCAGACGUCCUCACACCAAACAUUCACAGUGUGCCCUCUGACCCUCCCAUCUGGGGGAAGUGCCUUAUGAUGGACCUUGGAGCAGAAUGAGGGACAGGAAAAUAAAGAGCCUGCAUGUCUGAUGCCACGAUGUUGGGCUGCGUUUACUGGUAA